UGCAGACAGACCAAGUUGUUUAAAUAAAGAUCGCAAUCUUAAUAUAUGUAUCUACGUGUUGCUCAUUAGUCUCACACAACGUUUCUCAAAUUCGGAUGUUCAGUCCCAAAAAAAACAUCGCAUUACAACUUGUUGUGACAUUUCAAGUUCGUAGUAAAUAUUAAAAUACGAUCUACUACUUUUGUACUCAAAAAAUGGCAGACAUGGCGUCGGAUCUAAAUCAAACUACCGGUAACCGUCCAGCGAAGUAUCGUGAGCGUGAGAAGUGGGAUAAAAAGAUCGAAUUCAUUUUAUCCACAAUUGGAUUUGCUGUGGGAUUAGGAAACGUGUGGCGAUUUCCAUAUCUGUGCUACAAAAAUGGAGGAGGGGCUUUUUUAAUUCCAUACGUGAUUUGUGUGGUUAUUGGAGGAAUCCCCAUGUUUUUCCUUGAGGUGGCACUAGGUCAAUUUACAAGUGAAGGAGGCAUCUCUGUCUGGCCUAAAAUUUCACCACUAUUCACCGGAAUUGGCUACGCGACAACAAUAAUUUGCUUCCUUCUCAAUGUGUACUACAUUGUGAUCUUGGCAUGGGCUGUCCACUUCUUUUUUGCAUCAUUCACCACCGACCUUCCGUGGGCAUCGUGCAACCACGAAUGGAACACUCCAGCCUGUUUUGACAUGUCCAAAAUCCAUGAAAAUGGAUCUGAAAGUUUAAUUGGUGGAACAGCCGGAUCGAUCAAAGAUGCCAGCGUCGAAUAUUGGGAACACCGAGUCCUUGGCAUCAGUUCAGGAAUUGAUGAAGUAGGGUCAAUUCGAUGGGAGCUAGCAGGAUGUCUCCUCUUGGCGUGGAUAUUGGUUUAUUUCUGCAUUUGGAAAGGAGUAAAAGAAUCCACGGGAAAAGUCGUUUACUUUACAGCUACGUUUCCCUAUGUGAUGAUGACAAUUUUGUUUUUUCGUGGAAUUACCUUACCUGGGGCUUUCACCGGAAUACAGUAUUAUCUCACACCUGAUUUUUCCGUUUUGUGGAAGGGUCAAGUAUGGAUCGAUGCGGGCACACAGAUCUUCUUCAGUUAUGCUGUGGCAUUGGGAUGCAUGACUGCUCUUGGAUCGUACAACAAGUUUAAUCAUAAUUUCAUUAAGGAUUGCACGUUUGUAGCUUGUGUGAAUUCUGGGACAAGCUUCUUUUCUGGAUUCGUGGUGUUCUCGGUACUUGGUUUCAUGGCCAACCAGCAAAACACGGACAUUUCUAAAGUGGCCGAGAGUGGUCCAGGCUUGGUGUUUAUCGCUUAUCCGAAAGCGUUAGCGCAAAUGCCUUGGGCGCCCUUGUGGUCAGUCUUAUUUUUCUUCAUGAUUAUCCUCCUCGGUCUCAACUCCCAGUUUGUCGGGGUCGAAGGAUUCGUCACGGCGGUCGUUGACGUUGUUCCACACAUUCUGAGAGUGGGGAAGCGAAGGGAAGUUUUCAUAGCUGGGGUUUCCUCUAUUUCGUUCCUUAUUGGGUUGAGCAUGGUCACCAACGGAGGAAUGUAUGUAUUUCAAAUAUUCGACUACUACUCUGCUAGCGGCAUGACGCUAUUAUGGGUGUGUUUCUGCGAGUGUAUUGCUGUAGCGUGGUUCUACGACGUGGGAAGGUUUUCGACAAAUAUAAAAUCCAUGGUGGGAUUCAGACCCAACAUUUUCCUUGCAAUUUCAUGGUCAUAUUUGACACCGAUCCUCACAAUGGCAAUCCUUCUUUACUCCAUAAUACAAUAUGAACCCUUGGCCUACAAUAAGAAGUACGAAUACCCGGUUUAUGCACAAGUAUUUGGCUGGGCUUUAGCACUCUCCUCAAUGCUAAUGAUUCCUAUUCACUUCAUUUACUAUCACACUAAAACUAAACUUGAGACUGCCAAGGAAUCUGAUCACCCACACGAUCGGAAAUAUUCAAGAGCACCACCCAGGGACAAGGAUGAGAUUGAUAUGGAAUUAGAAAAUGGUCUCCCAUAAAACUAUUUGAAAACAUGAUAAGUAAAUAUAUAUAAUUAUUAAAAGUUUACCUGCUAAUAAUUUGAAAUAUUUAUAAUCAUUUUAUUAUACGUAUUAAUAUAAGUAUCUUGCUUUUAUUAAAGCUUUAAACACUAAUUUAUAAAUGUA